CAUGCUUUGUCAUUGAGGAGCUCACCAGCAGUAGCAGCAGUCACAUUCUUUUACUCCUCCCGCACGUCCGACGCUUAGCCCGCUGCAUCCUGAUGCCAUCUCGUCUGCACGCUUUGGAUCUUACACGCGUUUACCUGCUGCGGACGGACUUUGAUUGUUGACGCAUCUACCAAUGUUUGGAUUCGUUCUGGCGUGGCAACGCGAGGCACGUCCCAAGUGUCAAAUCGGACCCGUCCUGCCCAUGCGUCUCCUCAGUGUUUUCCAAAUGCAUGACACCUACAUGAUUCGCCCCCCUGCUGCUUCCCUCCCGUAAACAAAUGGAAAGAUUCCAGUCCUCCAUGCGCAAGCGGCUCUACAGCCUGCCGCAAAACAUUGGGCAAAGACCUUUUGCGGUGGACGAAGGAGACAGCGGCGACAAGGACACGAAGAGGAAAAGUAUUCUGCUGAGACAUUUGUCCUCUUUGUCUCCCGCAAGCAGUUGCAGGAGCAUCGAGGGGGGCAGCAGGGAUGCCGCCGGGAAGACCAACUUGAACGGGGACUGUCGCCGUUUUAGGGGCAGCGUCUCUUCCAUCAGCGGGCGUCAUUCGAACGGGUCAGAUCCGGCGGAGCAGCGCUGCCUCAUCCCGGAGGCGGACGGGGGUGCGGGGGACAAUUCCUCCGGGGAGCGCGGCCCGGCAGCGGGGGGGCUGAGCGACGCGCCGCCCGGCCAGUCGUCGGUGUUCGACCAGACGAGUUUUAUCAAGUUGGAAGGGACAGAGCAAAUCAUCCCCGAAGAUGAGCGCCUCUACCAAGCAGGAUUCAUGCACCGACAGUUCGGGGCGAUGCUCCAACCGGGAGUCAACAAGUUCUCACUGCGGAUGUUGGGAAGUGAGAGGGCCGUGGAGCACGAGCGGGAACGCGUCAAAUCUGCUGGAUUCUGGAUUAUACACCCAUACAGUGAUUUUAGAUUCUACUGGGAUCUGACCAUGCUGCUUCUGAUGGUGGGAAACCUCAUCAUCAUCCCUGUGGGCAUCACCUUCUUCAAGGACGAGCACACGCCGCCCUGGAUCGUCUUCAACGUGGUCUCGGAUACCUUCUUCCUUAUGGACCUGGUCCUCAACUUUCGCACGGGUAUCGUCAAAGAGGACAACACAGAGAUCGUUCUUGACCCGCAAAAGAUCAAGAUCAAAUACCUGAAGAGCUGGUUUGUGGUGGAUUUCAUCUCUUCUAUACCCGUGGACUACAUCUUUCUCAUCGUAGAGACUCGCAUUGACUCUGAAUUUUACAAGACUGCGCGAGCCCUGCGGAUUGUACGCUUCACCAAAAUUCUCAGUCUGCUGCGCCUGCUGCGCCUCUCCAGACUCAUCCGCUACAUCCACCAGUGGGAGGAGGUUUUCCAUAUGACCUAUGACCUGGCCAGCGCCAUGGUGCGUAUCAUGAACCUGAUUGGUAUGAUGCUGCUGCUGUGUCACUGGGAUGGCUGUCUGCAGUUUCUGGUUCCCAUGCUGCAGGACUUCCCUCCUGAUUGUUGGGUCACUCGAAAUAAGAUGGUGAAUGACACAUGGGGUCAGCAAUAUUCUUACGCCCUCUUCAAAGCCAUGAGCCACAUGCUGUGCAUCGGUUACGGGCUGUAUCCGCCAAUCGGAAUGGCCGACGUGUGGCUUACCAUCCUCAGCAUGAUUGUGGGCGCAACCUGUUUUGCCAUGUUUGUAGGGCAUGCCACUGCCCUCAUUCAGUCGCUGGACUCCUCCAGGAGGCAGUACCAAGAAAAGUACAAACAGGUGGAGCAGUACAUGUCCUUCCACAAACUUCCCGCAGAUAUGCGGCAGAGAAUCCACGAUUACUACGAGCACCGCUACCAAGGGAAGAUGUUUGAUGAGGAGAGCAUUUUGGAGGAGCUGAAUGAACCACUGAGAGAGGAGAUCAUCAACUUCAACUGCCGUAAACUGGUAGCCUCCAUGCCUCUGUUUGCCAACGCCGAUCCCAACUUCGUCACCUCCAUGUUGACCAAACUACGCUUCGAGGUCUUCCAGCCGGGCGAUUACAUCAUCAGAGAGGGAACCAUCGGCAAGAAAAUGUACUUCAUCCAACACGGGGUCGUCAGCGUCCUGACCAAAAACAGCCAAGACACCAAGCUAUCGGACGGCUCUUAUUUCGGAGAGAUCUGCCUCUUAACCCGAGGCAGAAGGACCGCUAGUGUGCGAGCAGAAAAUUACUGCCGCCUCUAUUCUCUUUCGGUGGACAACUUCAACGAGGUUCUGGAGGAGUAUCCCAUGAUGAGGAGAGCAUUUGAGACAGUGGCCCUCGACCGGCUUGACCGUAUUGGGAAGAGGAACUCCGUUCUUCAGCAUAAAGUCCAACAUCACCAAAGUUCCGGCACGUUAAACCUUCAAGAGAACGAGAUUAUCCAAAGGAUAGUGCAGCAUGACCGCGAUAUGGCGCAGUGCACGCGGCUAAUCCAGAGCAGCAACGCGCAGAUCUUAAACAUUCCCCCUUCGCCCUCGUCACCCACCCCAGUCAUCUGGGCCCCUCUUGUUCAGGCUCCGCUCCAAGCCGCUGCCGCCACGACGCCGUUGGCGCUGGCUUUGGCUCACCACGCCCAACUGCCCCCCAUCCUCUUUCAUCAUCCUCUCAUCCCUGGCCCCCUAAAAGACCCCAUCAGCCAGCCAAGAAGAACCUAUCCUGGAGUGCUGUCAUCUAGCAUCUGCGGGUCAGUGCCCAGUUCUCCCGUGAUUUCCACUAAAUUCCGCGCCGAGGUUGAAACUCCCAUUCUGGCCUCUGUCAGAGCAUCACAUCUCUCCACGGGGCCCUCGCCCACUGUGACGUCCCAGCCCGUCUUCACCAGCAGUCUGCAGCCCCUGGUCCCUCCCACUCUGACCGCCCACCAUCACCCCCACUCGGACUUGGCCUCGGUAUUCCGCGUCAACCAGGCCGGCGUCUCCUACACUUGCGCCGCUCAGCUCCAUCCGCAACCUUUCCACGGAGCCAUGAGCACCCCGCCUCACUCGGUCGGUUUGCUCCAGCAGGGAGACACGGCGAGACUCGCCGGGAGGUUCCCAGCCCCCUCCUCUUGCGCUAUAAGUCCUCUGAUCUCCAGUUCUGUCAGCCCGAUUCUAAGCCAGCUCCAGCAGAGCUCUCACGCCAUCACGCAGCAGAUGGGGUCAUGUCAUGGCAGCACAGGCAGAAUCACCGGCGCUCUGAACUUGCCCCAUUUCCCCAUUAUCACCAGCACACAGUCUUCCGGUAGAACAUCCGGGGCCGCCGCGUCUUUGGCGCAGCACAGCCUGGCUGGCCUCCAUUCGGUUUUCCUGCCGCAGGUUCUUCCCGAGCAAUCCGCCCUCGCUUCCCUGACCCAGUACGGCUCGGCGGAAGCAUCGCCUUGCUAUACUCCUCCCCUCCACAGUCCCAGUUUACAGAGCCCUGUGAAGGGAAGGACAGUUUACCAAAGCGAGCCUCCCAAGCCCAAGAACUCUCACAGCCCCCUUACCGUUCAGACCUCGUGCACCAUCAGGGAGAGUAAUGACUCACCAGCCGAGCUCUUCACACAGGAAAUAAAGACCAUCUCAGGCUCUUACGGCUCUUUACAUCGCACACAAGACCGAUUUCAGGCUAUCGCAUCCGAGGAUGCAACAAGCUCCUCCCCCUCGCUUGUCGCAGCCAGUAAACCCCAGGUCACAAUUCCAGGUCACGCCACUACUGUUACCUGGACGUAUGCAGGACUCGAACCUCAGAACCAGUUUCUAGCUGUAAAUUCGAAUAUGUUAGAGAGCCAAAACAAACUUCCCUCAAGUUUGUGAGGCUGAAUACAUUCCAUCUCUUCAUCCCUUUUUCCGCCACAUUGCUCCUUUAAUCAUAGGAAGUUGGGAUUCAUAUCUAAUUGCAGAUUUCCAUCACAGAAUGUUUGGAUCACUGGUAAUGACGGACUAUUUCCAGAGCAUUCUUUUCUUUCAAAUAGAGUCAUAAAAGCUCAUUUGAUGGGCAUAUAGCACCUCAUGAAAAUAGGAAUUUAUCAAGCUAUGUCUACCAUAUACACAAAAUGUGAUGAUUUCAGCUGUUUCAUCCAGUUUUCCCUCUUUACCUUUUAUCGUCACUUAUUUACAGCUUUGUCAAGUUUCAUGAAAUCUGAAAAUAUUGUCUUUAAAAAAAAAAAAGUUUCCCCAUCUUCUCAGCUAUGAAGUUACACUUAAGAAAACUUGAGGGGCGCCUGUGCUCUUUGGUGGUUUUCAGACAUUGUGUUCAAGUUGUUCACGCUGGAUGUUGGACUUCUCCAAGGAUUUAUCAAAUUCACAAAUGAACUUUCUAGGUUGGUGAUCAGAGGAAUUCAUUUGUGGGUGACUUUUCAGGGUUUUAUGGGGAAAUUUACAACCAAGAUGAAGAAAAAGUACCUCUAAUAUGGAGGCCAUGGUUAGAAAAGAUGACUUCUGUCUUCGAAGUUGUUUCAGCAAUAUUGCACAGCCGAACGGGGCACCCAAAUCUGAUCAUAAUUGUAAAACUAGUGAAUGUAAUGUUUGUCUUCCCGGAUGGAUCACGUUAAGUGAACAAAAAGCUUAUCCCGAGUGAUCUCGGAAUUAUGGCUCUCACUUCUCUGUCCUAUUGCAAUCUUUUUCUGAGGACAGUUGUGAUACCAAAGCCAUUUUUUUUUGUAUAUCCAACUCUUGUCUUUUAAGGCCAUGAGCGAGUACUGUGAAUCAAAGCACUUCAGUCGGAUCGUGUUCAUUGUUCGGAUGCAGUAAGCAGAGCGACACGGCACACGCGAAUGUUUCUUGCACCAAUCAAAGGGCUAAAAGCAAUUACUUGUACAUGUGAUAAACAAGAAACGCCGAUGCGACACAUUUACCUCUUUUCAUCGUGUCUCAUCAAAUCAAAAAACACCGAGAGUAUCCUCAAUCCUGUUGUGUUAAUCAGUACAUGUUUCUUAGUCGCACCUCGCCGUGUCUCGGCAUCCUCGGAGUUGUUUGGUCGUCGCUUUGUGGAUCUCCACGAUGAGUUCUGCUGCGACUGGGUCAAGCAGCCUCUGCCGGUGGGCUCGAUCAAUCCCUCAUUACUAUUCUCCUCCGAGCCCACAACAGCAGAGGCAGCUUGACUAGAAGGUUGCCGUGGGUUGCAAGGUGUGCAUUUUCAUAGGAAGGACGCGCAUCUAUUUCUAUAUACGUAGUCAUUGUUAUAUUUGUUGCCUUUGCGAUUUGAGGAUUCCAUCUCCUACCUGCAUGUACCGCUAACAUACUGUAUGUUAGCUCUAUUUUAUUAUUUUAGGUUAUGGGAUUCAAUGCAAUAAAUGAUUAUCUGCUCAAUGA